AUGGUACUAACUGACAACGGCUCAAACAAAUCAUCUUUCCGUAAAUCUGAGGAGAAUUUAUCUGCAACAAAUGAAGAGUCAUUUGUGAUAAACUGUGAUCGGAAAAUACAGAAAAAUUUCGUCGACAUUUCGAAAUAUGACAAACGUGUAGGUCGUCUCAUGUCAUUGUUGGCUGAUUGUGUAACCCUCAUAGGUGAUUGUGUUCUCUAUCAUACUCAUUAUAAUUGCAAUAAUCAUCGUUAUAGCCCCACACUUCUUUGGGUCGUACUACUUGAAUCCGGUUGUUCACUUUAUAAUGACUAUGAUAUUUUG